UUUGAGGAUUUAUUUACCGCUACAAAGUCAAGGCCGUUGGGGACGACCGUCUGAUAUUGGAGUGGUUUAUCGUUCAACCAGCUAUUUCGAGAAUUUACGAGGGCACUCCAGAAAUGUUCACAAGCCCAGAACAAAGUACUUGUCAGUUGACCGUCGACUUUCCCAUCGAAUCAUCAAGUGGAGUUAAUUACCUCAGCACGUGGUUGAGGCUCUUUGAAAAGAAUGUUGGAUCAACCGAGAGACCACCAUUGCCAGUACUAACACAGUCCAUCAAGCCUCCUGUCCUUUCCAAACUGAAACUGAAACUUUUGCAUUUGUAAUCAUAUUGGGUACAAUAGUUUUUCUGGUUAUCGAUCUCUAUGAGCCAAACGGUUCAUUUGUGCGUGUCAGUUUUAGCCUUUGGGUGGUUUUUUCCAAGUUAUUUGAAGGUUUUCGAAUGAUGACAUGAUAGUGUGCAAAAGAAAUUGUUAACACUCGAGUUUUAACUGGAGGAUUGAUGUGGGGUAUGAUGAGUACAAAGGACGAUACCGAGAACUUUUUACAAAUCUAGCACUUGAAAAUUUUAGGUGUAGUUGUCCUGAAUGCGUGUGAUUGUGCCAGCAGUGUUGCUCGGAUCCAAUAAGUGCGUUAUCUGUUUAAAGAAUGAAUUUUUCCAUGUUUUAAAACAUUAGAUUUCUGGUGCGUUUAUCAAAGCGGAAGCUAGAUCUAAAACCAUUUAACGCUUCUAGCGUUAUUUAAGUUUGCGAAAUACCUUUUCACACGCCUUUUACUUCAGUCUACACUAGUUUAAAUUUAUUUGUUGGUUCGUGUCUGUAUAUUCAUAUUCUCCGUUUUCCCAUGUAUUUCCCAGAGUUUGGUUUGCCAACGUUUUUGACGUUUCGUUUCUUUAACUAUCACUUUAAAGUUACAUUUCUGGUGCAUUUUCAUAUUCACUGUAGUACCAUUAUAAUUUCCGAAUUUUUGUGAUUAUCUGUUUUAUCCAUACGCUGUUUAUAAUCAUCGUCUAACGUUAUCGAUGGGGUCGAAAACUAUCUCUUUGUUCAAGAUGGUAUGCUGUGUGACAAGUACAGAUGGUCCCGUAAAAUGUGUAGCAAUCUAUCACUGACUGCGCAUAAGCAUUCCUGCAGACCGCCUUCACUCCCGUUAUGUAGAGAAUGCUGCAUAAAGACUGAUCUCUCUGAUGAAGUCUUUGAAGUCCUAACUCUAACGAAUAAGUUGCCAAGUGGCGAUACCCACUCAUGUUCCAUAAUUGAACGAAAUACAAAGUCAAAGAAUUUCAUUAUUAGAUCAGUCCUAACAUAGUUCAUUUUUCAAACAAGAACGAGAUUACUAAGCCUACCAGAUUCAGGAUAUAUAUGUAUCCAGUGUAUUUGUGUUCAUAUUCCGUCACUCAGAUUUAGGCUGUACAUAUGUAACUCCCCAUAAUGUCAGUCAUCAUAGUUGGAGGUGGUAUCAUGGGUGUUUCUACCGCUUAUUAUUUAUCAAAAAGGAAGGUCGACACACUAAUAAUUGAAAAAGAGCAACUUGGAUCUGCAGCAUCUGGGCGAGCUGGGGGAUUCCUUGCUAAGGACUGGUGUUCUCACAAUGAAAUGGAUGUUUUAGCUCAGAACGGUUUUGAUUUGCACAUGAAAUUAGCAGAUGAGUUCGGUAGUGCAUGUGAUUAUAGACGUGUUAAUACGUAUUCUAUAUCAUUAUCUCCUGGGAAAUCUUCCGGUUCUUCAAAUUCACCAUCUUGGGUCAAUGCGAAAGUAAAAAAUUGUUCACUGAUAGGCGACUCUACAACUACUGCACAGGUACAUCCCAAAAAACUCACAGAUGAAUUAUUUCGGCGUGCUCAAUAUUUAACAAAUCAAGGAACAAAAUUGAAAAUUGCCCAUGUUAUAGGACUAGAGUUUUCAACAUCGAAUACAUCGGCUCCCAAAGUUAGUGGUGUUCGAGUAAUAGAAUCAUCUACUUCAAAUUCUGAAGUUAUCCCUGCCAGUUUAGUUAUACUUACUACAGGACCAUGGUCAAAGGAAGCUGUUAGUUGGUUACCAUCAGGAUGUUUAAAUCCUAAUAAAUUUCAUGGAAGGCGAGCUCAUAGUAUCAUAUUGAAACCAAAAAUAGAGAAGUCUCCAAUAGAUGCUAAGUGUUUGUUCAUGGAUUAUCAAAAUUCUGAGUUCUCUUGUUCACCUGAAGUUUAUCCAAGACCUGAUAAUACAGUCUAUGUAUGUGGUCUCGGUGAUGGAGCACCUGUACCGUCUUCAAAGGACCAAGUUGAAAUUGAAUCUUGGCGUUGUAAUCGUUUAAAAGAAAUAGUUACUAGUGUAGUCCCAUCAUUAAAAGAUGCUGAGAUGAUAACAGAAUCUGCUUGUUAUUUACCGCUAGUGAGUGAUGGCUAUCCUGUUAUUGGUCAAAUUCCUGGUUUAUCCAAUGUUUAUAUUGCCACGGGUAAUUCUUGUUGGGGAAUUCUUACUGGACCUAUAUCUGGACGCCUUUUAACAGCUGUCAUUUUAAAAAAUAAUCCUAAUUUAAUACAGAGCACAAAUUCAAACGUUACCGACCAAAUGGAGCUGGAUGAAAAAAAAGCCCAAGAUGAUUUAUUACAACAACCCGGUAUUGAGUUGUUUAAUCCAGCAAGACUGAUAAAAUAAAUAACUUGAUUUUUUAUAUUUUUUAAAAACAGAAUCUGUUUUUUUCGUUUUAUUUUUUUUAUCUCAAGUGGAGUUUCACAUUAAUCUGACUGGUGUUUUCGUCUGAUUCAACCAGUACAACUCACUUGUCAUGACUAAAACUUCUCUUUUUGAACCAGAUUGUGACAAAAAUACACAUAUCUAAGUAUUGUUGCCUAAUACACUACCAUUUAUUUAUU